AUGGCAGAUGGCAGUAAGGCUAAGGUUGUGACAGGUAAGGGCGUUGCGAAGGUUAAGCUAUAUGACGUAAACGGAAGUUCUCAUGAUCUAAUUUUAAAUAAUGCGCUUUAUGUCCCAUCGUAUCAGCAGGAUAUCUUUUCAGUCAAUGCAGCAACAGAAGGGGGCGCAAGCAUAAGCCUAGAUAAGCAUAGCAAGAGUUUUAAGAGCUCGGAUGGUGCAGUUUUUAAUAUUGAACAGGUAGGUCGUUUAUAUUACCUAAACGGUAUUUCAUCUUCCAAGAAUAAUGCGGGUACAAUUUUAGGGUGGCAUAGAAUUCUAGGGCACUGUAAUUUUUCAGAUAUUCGUAAGCUUGAAAAUGUUGUAGAUGGAAUGAAGAUCACUAGUCAUAAGGAAGUGGAAUGUAAAACAUGCACACAAGGUAAGAUGACCCAGUCGAGAAAUAGGACACCUGAUAAGAGAGCCAAUGCCCCAUUUGAUUUAGUUCAUUCAGAUUUAGCUGGACCAAUUACUCCAGGUGGUAAGGAUGGUUUCAAUUAUGCAUUGUCUUUUGUGGAUGAUUACUCUGGUGUUAUCAUGAUAUAUUUUUUAAAGCAUAAAUCUGAUACAGUCGAAGCUACUAAACAAUUUUUAGCAGAUAUUGCCCCUCUUGGUAAAGUGAAAUGUAUCAGAAGUGAUAAUGGUGGGGAAUUUAUUGGGCAAAAGUUUAAGUCUCUACUCCGAGAGAACACAAUUAAACAUGAAACGCGUGCCCCAUAUUCACCCCAUCAAAAUGGCACAGCAGAAAGAGCUUGGCUUAGCUUAUUUAAUAUGGCAAGGUGUUUGUUGUUAGAAGCCAAGUUACCCAAAAUGUUAUGGACAUAUGCUGUGAUGGCUUCAGCAUAUAUAAGGAAUAGGUGCUUCAAUGACAGAUUGGGCAAAACCCCAUAUGAAGCCUUAACUGGCAUAAAGCCAAAUCUGAAUAAUAUGCACGUAUUUGGUCAGUAUGCUAUGCAUAUGUGCAAGGUUCUAAGAAGCUUGAACCUAGAAGUAAGGAGGGGAUUUUUGUAGGGUAUGACAAAAAUAGCCCUGCAUAUUUGGUGUACUAUCCAGAAAGCAUGAAAGUUGAAUGAGUGAGAUGUGUUAAAUUCUUUGAUUCAACUGAAUUUGAUAACGAGAACCAUCAAAUUGACGAAGAGGUUGUCUCACUUCCCCGCAACACUUCUUACGGUGAGCAACAAACUGGAGCUGAUGAGAACAUUGAACCAGCUAUUCCACCAGCAGAGGGUGAAGUAAGUAGAGUAAGGUACCCUACCAGGACUCACAAUAAACCCGCUUACCUAAGUGAGUAUGUUGUAAAAAGUAUCACUGAUAGUAGCGCUAAUAUUGCAAUAGAUUAUUGCUAUAGGAUGAAUGACAUCCCAGCUUGUUAUUCACAAGCAGUAAAUUCACCAGAUUCAGCUCGGUGGAAAAAGGCAAUGGAUGAAGAAUUUGACUCUCUGGUAAGUAAUGAAACAUUUACACUUACCAUGGUUCCACCCAACCGCGAGAUAGUAGGUGGAAAAUGGGUGUACACAAUUAAAUCAGGUCCAUUACCAGAAAUGUGGGUCAAGAUGGUGGACAUGACAAAAAAUUACGCAACAAAAUGGCGUCCGAUAAUGCUGGGAUUAGUAUAG